CCUGAAUUCAGCGUUCUGGACGAGAGAUGCGAUGCAUGUGAUUCCCAUGCUGUAGUCUGGGUGGACGUCAAAGCGGCUCCGGCAUCCAUUGAUGUGAGUGUUCGUUUGCCCGUCCAAUUGCAGUCGGUGCCUUUCGUUGUUAUAAGAUGCGAUGUCCGAGGACGCCCCUGCUUGUCUAUCGUCUAUGUCAUCCAUCACACGUUCACACUUCCCUCCCCACUAGUGUUGUUGGGAAGUCUGGGGCAGGCAUCGUUGCAUCCCAUUACGUACAGCCUUCAACAGAAUCCAGUCAAUCCGCUCUUGUCACGGAGGGCAUCCUCCUUGAGAUUCGGGCGCACCUGCCCUCUCAUCUGUCAACCACACGUUUACCUUGCCCUUGACUCCGACUUGAAAGCGUCGCUUUCCCCUUCCUGCAAGCGCCUCGAAAAUGUCCUACUACCAAGGCGCCAACAGCAGCGCCUACGACCACAACCGGACCUACGAGCCCUACUCGCACGUGAGAUCCGACUCGAACACAAGCAUCUUGGCUCCCUACGGUCACGGCUACGAAAAAGAGUGUGGCCAGCCGCCGUCAUACUACCGUGAUCACAACCAUGACGGCGAUGACUCGCUUUACGAGGACGGCCAGAGCCACAGUCGGAUCCACAGCAGUACAGCGGCAGCUCCGCCGCCGGUGCCUUCGAAAAGCGAUGCAGGGAGCCAGCAAGCCCCUGGCGUCGCCGGAGGGUUGUCCCUGAUGCGAAGUGACACGCUCCGUCCAGCCGAUUCGAUCAGCCAAUAUCAGUACGACAUGGAACAGGCGCAUGGAGGAGACGAUGUACCAUCCAUUCCGCAACCGUACCACCAUCACCAAGCACAAACCAGCAUCGACAGCUCCGGGUAUCCGCCCCUGCAAAGACAAGGGCACAUGCACAACCGCCAGGAAUCCUCUGCAAGCUACUACGAUGACCAUGCUUCUUCGGGGCAAGGCUAUGCUAAGAACUACGGACACGCCGGCUACGAAGCCUCUAAUCCUACGUUGCCGCUGCGAGGCCAUGGGGGGAGCAUGGGCUACGCCGACGACGAAGAAGACGAGAGAAAGCAGCUCUCGCGAGGGCCGCAAGAACCCAUCCUAUUCUCCAACAUGGCAGCAGCAAACGGCAACGAAGGCACAACGGGCAAUGAUCGGCUACAUGGGGAUCCGAAUGACCGCAGAUACUACGACUAUGGAGAUGCAGGCGCGAGCGCAGGGGCAUACGGCAAGAACAGCGGGGGCAGAGGCUUCCCAUUCAGCGGCAGUAACCUGCUCGGUAUCAACUCGUACGACACCGGCGCCGGGGCGGCGGGACCGUUUGGCUAUCCGAAAGGCUCUCUGCAAGAAGCGAUCGAGAAGCGGCGGCGGGGGAUCGGGCGGCAGCGCUUUGCGCCGGUCAGUUACCUGUUUGGCCUGGCUUACCUCGGUGCAUUCGUCAGUGAGCUGAUCAAGAGCAGUCAAGUGACCGGCUCGGCGAUCCAGACGCAUCCGACUUUCAACCCGUGGAUCGGGCCCUCGCCCGAGUUCCUUAUCAGCUUUGGCGCGCGCUUUGUCCCCUGCAUGCGCAGCAUCCCGGCCGUGGACCCCAGCACGGCCAAGCUUCCCUGCUUGCAGUACGCCAAUGCGGACAAUGGAGGCGUCUACAUGGCCAACCAACUCUGCACGCUCGCGGACCUGUGUGGCUUGGCGGAUCCCACCAAGCCGAAUCAGCAGUGGAGGCUCGUCGUGCCUAUUUUCCUACACGGCGGCGUCGUCCAUAUCCUCUUCAACAUGCUCGCGCAGAUUUUUCUUUGCACCGACACCGAAAAACUGCUCGGAUCGGUCUACUACACUAUCGUCUACGUCCUCGGCGGCAUCGGCGGCAACCUUCUCGGCGCCAGCUUUGGCCUCACAGGAUUGCCAGCCGUCGGAGCGAGUGGCAGCAUCUUUUCGUGCAUCGCGGUCGAAAUUACGGAUCUGAUCUACAAUUGGAAAUAUGAAAUGAGGGCAAAGCUUCGUUUGACCGUCGCAAUAUUCUUCACCGUUUUCUCACUCGGUCUAGGGCUUCUGCCAUACAGCGAUAACUUUAGCCACAUCGGGGGUGCAGCUGUUGGUCUUCUUGGCGGCUUCAUCUUUGGCCCCAGCAUACACUCCACUCGGGCGCACCGUGGCAUCAUCUGGGGCAUCCGAAUCGUUUGCCUUGGUCUUUUGAUCGGCUUCAUCGUCGGCCUCGUCCUCAAUUUCGAAAGCAGCAGCGACCCUACCAAAGCAUGCACUUGGUGCCGAUACCUUUCCUGCUUGCCCACAUUCAGUCAGUGCAAAGACCCGCUCAACGGAAUCCAGACAGGGUCUACAACCAGCUCCAGCUCCGGUAGUAGCAACCAUUAGCAGCAUUGCGCCGAGCGCUUCCGGCACAAACGCUUACAACUCCGACGAUAGCUCGUAGAACGGUUCGCAUACCAGACAAACUCACCCACCCCAUCAAUGCUCUCAAUGGAUUUUUUUUCUCACCACCAGCAUUGCACGCGCAAUUUGCUCACAACGGCCUGUAUCGCAAACCCGCGAACACUCCUCGUUCGAUCGUGCCGGUCGCUUUACAGCCCCCAGGUGGACGCCGGGUAUGUACUUUAGACAGCACAAUCGCACCACAAAGGACACUUUCCCCAACAGCAG